AGGUUUCAGUUUAUGAGCAAACCUAGGAACAUGAAGAAUGAUGGUAGGUUGCUCCAUUUUCUUACCAGAACUCUUUGGAAAAGCUGACACAUGAUUACUUUGUUGUGUUCCAAUGUCCGAAUUCAAGUUUCUACUUUGUAUCAGAUCUACGACUUAGCCGUAUACCCAAAAAAAAGAAGGGAGGGAGGAAGCAUCAAGCACAUGUAUCCACUCCAGGGGUUGGUUGCCCAUUACUAUAGGACAUUGGCCCCAUAACACAACACUAAAUAAAUACAAACUCAUUGUUAGGAACCGCAUAGCCUCUGGUCUGUUCCAAUGUGGUUGAGACAUGGGCAAUAUCUGUCUGGUUUUAGAUGAGCACCAAUCCCUCUUCUUUUUCUUUUUCUUUUUCUUUUUUCAUUUUGGUACUUUUAUUAUUGGGGUAGGGUCUAAAUUCAGUGGAGAUGCCUUCCAAUCAAGCUGAUGAAAUGAAUAUAAAAGGGAACACAGGAAAUACAAACAGAUUUGAUGAGAUUUGUCAUGAACUGGGGAGACUUGAUUCAGGAUGGUGGUCUGGUGGCAAAAUUCUAGAUCUGAUUAUCUCCCAUGACUCUGCUAAGUAAAGAGGGUGGAUCUGGAUUUCUCAAUGGAAUUUUUGUGUGUAUUUUGUUGACCCUGUGAUGUCUGAUGUUGUGUCCAGUCCACUUGUGCAUGUGUAUUAAAAUGGGUAACCAUUU